AUGGCAUCACAAAAUGAACUAAAGUCAAUGCUAAACGCACCUGUCGGCUUAGCACCAAAUACCUACCUACAUUUUUAUAACGGUGGAAAGCUUCGCGCCGAGUUUAUGGGCGAACCCGAUCCGAAAGAUGAUUACUACUCUGAAGAAUGGAUCUUUUCUACAAAUCGGGCAGUCACUCCCGGCAGAGACAAUCCGCCGGACAAAGGACUCAGCCGCAUCCAACUCCCAAGCGGCGAGAUCGUCCUGCUAAAAGCACUGCUGGACACAUUUCCGGAAGAAACACUCGGUAACGCCCACGUCGCCAAAUACGGCACUGAAUUAGGCGUACUUCUCAAGAUUUUUGAUGUCGGUGAAGGCGCACAUAUCCCUAUCCAUUGGCAUCCAAACCCCGAUUUCGCGCAGAAACACCUCAAUUCUCCCUUCGGCAAGAAUGAGGCGUGGAUCCUCAUCGGCACACGUCCGGGCGCGAAGGCAUGGAUAGGUUGGAAGGAAGCGAUAGACAAAGCGGAGUUCCGUCGCCUGAUGGAAGCGCAAGAUGUGCCGACACUACGCAGUCUUAUGCACGUUGUUGAACCGAAGGUUGGGGAAGUCUAUUUUUUACGCACUCCGAUUGUUCAUUCGCUGGGUACAGGACUCUGUGUUCUUGAACCACAAGAACCGACCGACUGGAACAUCCUCGCUGAAUGGGAAGGUUUUCCGUUUGAAAGAGAAGAUGGACACCUCGGUCUCGGAUGGGAUCUCGCUGUAGAUGCCGCUGAGUUUGAUAAAUUGGAGCUGGAUUAUCUCAACAAUUACAUCCGACGCACGCCAGAACUCGUCCGGGCAGAACGGGAUAACCGAGAAGAUCGAAUCGUGCCAGAGGAAGCCUCGAAAUUCUUUGGAUGCUCACGUCUAACAGUGAAUUCGACGCUAAGUAUGCCAGCAGACAAAGGUUUUUAUGCGCUCGUGGCUUUGGGCGGCGAAGGCGUGCUACGUGGAGAUUUUGAAGAUGUUCCGCUCAAACGCGGCAAAUCCGUCUUUAUCCCACGAUGCUUGUCCAGUUACGUCAUCGUUAGCACUGGCGAUACACCCAUGGAAAUCAUCUGUUGCUAUCCGCCGAGUCUCUUCUAA